GAGGGCGUUGCUGGGCCGGGCGCUGCGGUCCGGGUGCCGGGGAUGGCGUCCAGGGCGGCUCGCUGGCUGGUAUUGGCACCCGUCCGAUCCGGGGCUCUCCGGAGCGGACUGAGCUUGAAGAAAGAUGGAGCUAUCUGCGCCGAACGGGGCGGCUCAGGUCGGAGCCUGGUACCGUCGAGGUCAGUCAUCGUUACUCGCAGCGGCGCCAUUUUGCCCAAGCCGGUGAAAAUGUCCUUUGGCCUUCUCCGUGUGUUCUCCAUUGUGAUCCCCUUUCUCUAUGUCGGGACGCUCAUUAGCAAGAAUUUUGCUGCUCUACUUGAGGAGCAUGACAUUUUUGUCCCAGAGGAUGAUGAUGAUGAUGACUAACAGGUCAAAAGAGAAAGCCCUAACUGAAUCAAGAAAUGGUGAUGCUUACAGCCUCUCCUCCUUGCCUGUCAGAAGGGCCUAGGGAAAGCCCUGAGCCUCCCAACUCCAGUGAAGCCUCCUGCAUGGUCCAUGACCACCGCCCACUAUCCCAGGCUCUGGGAGGCUCCCUGAGAUGUGCUGUCCACUGAGCAUGAUCAGAUGAUGAAUAAACAUGAAAGACAUCAGCUGUGUAUGACUGAGUGAUGGCUGGAGUUUCUCAGUCUGAGUAGGCUCUAGCUGUUGCAGUUUCUUGUCUCUGCUAUUUGUUCUCUACUAGGUCUUUGAUUUACAACCAAGGAUCUCCAGGCUGCUAUGGAUCAAUUAUUAUGAGGGCCUGGGACCUAUUUUCAUUAUUUACAGAAGCCCAACAGAAACUUUGUUUUCCCUCAGUAGAGCUGCACAAGCUAACUAGACCCUCAAGCUUUUUUUGUGUUGAGUUACACUGGCUCCUAUGCCAAUCAAUCAUAGGAGCUUUGGUUGUUUAAAACUAACUUGAAAAAUAUUAAAAUGAUUCUUUCAAAA